AUGGAGAUGGAGGGGAGGGGCCUGUCUGAUUUGUUCAGGAACACCAGCGAGGAGAUCUUCCUCAAGGCAGUGAUGGAGAACUCAAUGGGAGUGGCAGCAGCGCCAAGCAUGGAGAUGCUGGGGUUCAAGAACAUGUCGCAAGGAUUUGGUUCAGUGAACAAUCGCCCUCGACAGCCAUCUAGGUUGUCAUCAGAAGCUGCAGCAGGCCUUCCGAAUCAACAGCAUGACAUUGCUCAACAAAAUUUUCUCACUGACAACUUGGUUCCACAGAACUUAGCAAUUCCUUCAGUCGAAUAUCCAAAUAACCACAACCAGCAAUCACUCAAAAAUGCAGCAGAGAAGGGAAUGCAAGCCAGUGACCUGCUUCUAGCAAAAGAGGAGUUCAUCAACAUCCCUCUGGAUAAUCCACAUAUGGCAGCACAAGAUACUGUUACCUCAGUGGUGAGCAUGCUCAAGGACACGCUUGAGCGCAAGAAGCUUGGUAGCCAUGCUAACAAAGACACCUCAGUAGGCAAUUCUUUUGGAUUCUAUGACACUCAGCAGUUUCAACAGAACAUUAUUGGAGGAACAGAUUUCUUUCCCAUAGUGACAACUGCCCAAGUUCAGGAUUCCCUGAUGCUUCCCAAGGUUGAGAGGCCCAUGGAACCAAACAAUGCUGGAUUUGAAAUGUGUGAUGAGCUACCUCCCACAGGGCAAGCGAUGUCUGUUUGUGAGAGCACUAGAAAAAAUGCUGCAAAUGGAACAACCGACUGCAAAUCAAAAGGCAAAGAAUACAGAGAGAAGGUACAAAAGGAUACUUUGAAAGAUGAGAGAAAGAAAGCAGCCCUAACUCGAAUGGGAUCCAUUUCAUCGGAACAAGCAGCUGAUAAUGGAGAUCCUACAAAGAAGCGCAGGGUUGAGCGCUCACGCAAAAUGGCAGAAGUUAAAGGAAAGAAGUUCCACACCAGUAAUACCAUCUGA